AUGAGUGCGAACCAGAGAGUGAGGCUGAGCACGUCCAUUAGCGGUGGUUCCGGUUCACACGAAUCGGAUUUUUUUAACGAGAGAGUGCUUCUGUUAGUUAUGGAAUCAAUGAAAUGGGACGUUCAGGUGCUUUGCCGGACGGCGUCAGUGUGCCGGAGACUCCGCGCCAUGGCGAAGCGGUUGUUAUGGCGGGAGCUCUGUUUGUUCCGUGCGCCGAGGAUAACGGAGACACUAUCGAACGGUGUUCACAGUAGCCGGAUGGGCGGCGGUUGGCCGGCGUUAGCUAAGCUGCUGUUUUUUUGCGGCGAUUGCGAGUCUAGUCGGAAUUUUGUAUUGAGCCGGCCAAAACCGGGGCACUUUGUUACAGAGACCCGGUUCUCGAAAACGUCCGGUCGGAGCUUCUUGAUGAAACGGUGUCGUGGGGACUUGUUGUUUGUGAGCGACCCCUGUGAACACCGGGUUGGUGAUCAAGAAGAUGACUUGGGUGUUUUCCGAGGGGUAUUCCGGGGAUUUCGCGAGUCGAGGACACGUGCUUGUUUGAUAGCGAGACAGGCGGCGUUAGAGGAGCGGGAGAGGUGCCCUUAUUGUGGGGCCCGUGUUUGGAGUAUGACCACAGCCGGCUUAGUUCCUAGAAAUGCAGCUAAGCGGCUCGGCUCACACGACGGCGCACUUGAGUAUUUUGUGUGUGUGAACGGACACCUUCAUGGCACGUGCUGGUUAGCACCGUUGUCAUCUGAUGAAGGAUUGAACGGUGAGGAUGAAGAAGAGUAUGCAAUGGACGGUAGUGAUGGUACCGGAAAUAGUUCUGGUGGGGUCACGGAUGGAUAUUAUGAUGAUCCGACGGUCACCACCAAUGGUUUUGGAGAUAACGGUUUUAUUUGA